AUGAUUUUAGUUCCUGUCUUUUUAUGUGAACUUGGUGCUACUCUGGAAAAUCUACACGUGGUGGAUAAAAUAGAAUAUCGUGAGCAUUUGUUGCUACAACUACCAUACUCAUCAAAGACUUCAUCUACUCUUGUUACAGUUUCAAGGUAUUUUAUUAAGGUGAAGAAAGCUGUCAUAACAGAAGCUGAAGAAAACAAAGAAGAUGAAGACGGUAAAAAAUCAAAAGCUCAUAUUCAACACUGGCUUAGUGAGAAAGUUUUAGGUCAACACGGAGGAGAACUUCUCUUAGCAUGGAAUUCUUUGGAAACAGAAUAUGUUCCGGGUAUGAUUGCUGUAGGAACCAAGUUUAUGAGCAUGGCACCUACAUCCCCAUUUAUCUUGUUUGAAGAAAAAUUGAUGGAAGUCAUAAAAAAAACACCAAAGACAUCACCCCUGGAGAUAUAUAUUUUAAAAAUAUAUCUGGAAAUGAAAACAGAAACUGACAUUGUUCAGGAAGUAGGAACCAAGUAUGACAGUCCCCCUCUAGAUGAGAAGGACAGUUGUGGACAGAAUUCAAGGAAAAGGAAAGAAAAGAAUAGACUUUACACCUGGAUAAAAAAUUUCAUAACAAGAAAGACGUGUGCACCUGUGGAAUCUUUUAAAGAAAAAUGGACCAGAUUUGCAGAUGCAAAUCCAUCUGUGGUGAUGCAGUAUGUCAUAAGUAGGCCCAGGGUAAUAGAACAACUGCAAUGCAUUUUGGACUCUGAUUCAGGUAAAUUUAGAGUUUUACCAAAGAAACAAAUGGAAUUGUGA